GUUUUUGUUCACCACCAAGUUUCUUGAGGAAGUCGACUGAUGUGUCAGGAGGAUUCUCCCGAUUUUUGACAUCUUGUUGGGAUAAAUGAUGUUGUGGUGGGUGGAACGGUAGCCAGGAGACCCACCAUUACGGCAACACAUCAAAUAUCAUCAUCCAGACCUCUCCAGGUGACACAUCCAUGGAUAAUACUUGAAAAUUAGAAGCGCAUAGAUCCUCCCUUUAAGCGUAGGAAUUCAAGAUGAAGGCCAUAAUUGAUAAUAUUGAAUGCCAAAGGGAUUCUCCCAGAUUUCGACAGGUGCUUGAGGAGAAUGAAAAAGACUUGGAUACUUUGGAAGGCAAACUGGAGAAGGUAGUGAAGCAAUGUAACCAGAUGGUGGCUGCCGGAAAGCAGUUUAAUCAAGAGCAGAGUAAACAACUGAUUCACAUUUUAUGGGACCUAGCAGGGUAUUUUGGGAAUGACACUAAUGUGCAGUCAGCUCUGAACAGAAUGUUAGCUGCCCUUGGAGAAGCUGCCAAAUAUCAUACAAUAUUGGUUGACCAGGCUGCACGGGCUGUCACGAAGAACCUUGCAAGCUUUAUUAAAAAAGAAUUGCGCUCUGUGAAGGAUUUACGACACUAUUUUGAGAAGGUAAGCGGUGAAAUGGAUAAUGUACUACAGCGUUCGUCUAGUGUGUCCCGUUCCCGUGCUAAUGAUGCAGAUGACAUAAAAAACUUGGUCAUAGCCACUCGCAGAGCCUUCCGUCAUACAAGUGUGGAUUAUGUACAUGCUAUUUCAAUAGCACAAGGCAAAAAACGCCAUGAGGUGGUGGAUGCUCUUUUAUCGUAUUUGAAGGCCUACAGUACCUUCUACCACCAAGGCACUGAUCUCUGUGAUGAUCUCAAACCCUCCCUAGACAAGAUUAGCCAAGAGGUGAAUCUGAUGAGCCAUGAAGAAAAUACCUAGAAAAAACCUUAAAAAACCGCCAAAAACAGAUGUCAAGAAAAAGACGGGAUAUCCUUGGAGCAGAUGGCCCACACCCAGCCAUUUACUAUGCGCUAUUUAUUCAAACAAAAACCCAAAAGCUUCAGCCCGGAACGCCGUUACUUUCUCUUCAAAAACCAAUUGGUUACCGAAAAGCGGUCAGGUAUUCGAAAGUCUGUCAGGAACUCAGGAGGAAGUAAUCUACUCAAUAGUCGUUUGACGCGAGCGCACGGAGGAGAGGAGGUAACAGUCAUGGAAGAAGACUUACGUUUGUGCACUGUUAAGCCCGCCAUUGAGGUAGACCGCAGAUUCUGCUUUGAAGUUGUCUCCCCUAUGAAAUGUCAUAUGCUUCAAGCUGAAAGUGAAGAGAGUUAUGAUUCAUGGAUAACCGCUCUUCAGCGUGGUAUUGGGCAAGCCCUUCAAAGCUCACAUAACUCUAUCCAAGAUAACAGACAAGAAACUCCUGGCUCCUCUCCUCAUCCACAGAAAGGGUCCCUGACUCCUGCCACACCAGUUGACUCCUCCAACUCUUCCUCUCCUGCAACCACACCCCAGGCACCUACUGCACACAAAGCUCAAUUGUGGCAGGAAAUAAUGAGCAUUCCUGGAAAUGAUCACUGCUGUGACUGCAAUUGCAGCAAUCCUCGAUGGGCCUCUAUAAAUCUAGGAAUUAGUCUGUGUAUUGAAUGUUCGGGUAUUCACCGUAGUCUUGGUGUGCACUAUUCCAAAGUACGAUCCUUGACAUUAGAUGCUUGGGAACCUGAAGUUUUGAAGGUAAUGGCAGAGUUGGGAAACACGGUUAUCAACAGCAUCUAUCUUGCUACUUAUGUACCAGGUGAAGGCACUGGUCCCCCUGAAGCAAAACCUGAUAGCCAGAGAUCGGUUCGUGAAGCAUGGAUUAAGGCAAAGUAUGUUACACGUCAGUUUGUGAAACCACUGCCUUUAAUCCAGGAAUCCAGUUCCCCUUUACCAAACUCCAGUUCUCAAGAGAAAGUUCAUUCAGGAAAAUCUUGGAGCAUCCCUCGUCGGAGGCGACAGAUACGGCGAAGGAAAACUCUGCAAGCUUGUCAAAUAAAUGUUGAGGAGACCUCUAGCAUUGAUGACAAUAGUAGUAGCCAGGAAGAAUCUCACACUGAAACCCAGAAUGUUAGUGACAGCCCAGUAGCAAGCAGCUCCAGUUCCAGUGAUGUAUUGCUUCUGGACAUUGCUCCUUCUCUUCCCAAUCGGACAACUGAAGACUUUUCUAGUUUAAGUGAUGACUGCUCUACAGAUGGAGAAGGUCCUAAUGGUCAUGUUACUCCAGAGUCAGCAUCAAAUUUGACUCCAAAUAUGGUAUUGUUUCGAGCCUGUGAAGCUCAUAAUUUGGCAAUGAUGAGUCAUAGCAUAGCACUAGGUGCUGAAAAGAACUGGCAUAACCCAGAUGAAAGUGGACGGACUCCAAUGCAUCAGGCAGUUAUAAGUGGUUCUGUAAUGGCUGUGCAACAUCUUCUAAUAAAUGGGGCACGACCCAAUGAACAGGACUCUUCAGGAUGUACACCAUUACACCUGGCAGCAUUAUUGUCAAAUAUUGGCCAAGUUUGCUUAUUGUUGAAGCACAGGGUGGACCUAAAUUUGUGCAAUAAUGAAGGUCUGAAGGCUAUUGACAUAGCCCUUAAAAGCAGUGAACCAAUUUGUAACUCGGGUAAAAUUAAGUUAUUACGAGUGGCCAGUCUUAGUGAGCACAUAGAUCGCGAUGGUGGUGAAGAUAACAAUAUGCUCACAGAUUUCUUGCGAGAUUUCCAAGAGAAGAUGUGUAUCCAAGGCUACAGGACUCGCCAAAAUGAAGACACAUUGAACUAAAUAAAUGAAGUUGUACAUUAGAAUUAUAAACUAGUAUUGUAUUCUUAAAGCUAGAGGAAUUAGUUAUAUCUUCUUAAUCUUGUUUGCCUUCUGCAUCUAAAGCAGUGCCACCUGAAGUGAUGAGAGUGACUUUACUGUGUAGUAGAUAUUACAUCAAUGUUAAAUUUUAUUACUUUUAGAAUUAAGAUUUUCACAUCAGAUACAGUGGACACUCAUAAUUUGUGUGGGUUAUGUUUCUGAAAACUAUGCUGUGAAUGAUUUCUAUGACUUUUGGAAUGAAAAACAUGGGGAAAAAAUAGGGUUGCAUUCAUCAGACCUCUAUUGCUAAGACUCGGGGUAUGCAAGUUAUUGGCAUAGUCUAAGAGUUUAUUUCUUUUAAAACAUUAUUGGUAUAGAAUAAUAAGUUGAUGAAUUAGACAUGGGUGCAACACCUGGAUGUCUUUAUUUUGAAGAAGUUUCACCAACCAGUGCCUUCUUCAGUUCACUGGAGCUUAUUAAAUUGGAGACAGCAUAUUCCUUCCACAGAAAGUGGGAAGCAUGAACAUGAAUUACCUUCAAAUCCAUCAGCACUUUAAACAUCAUACAGUAUUUUUUGUUGCACACUCAUUCUUGUUUUAAAUAGGGUAAAGAGUGAAAAGAAAGAGUUUUAUCUAAUCUUCCUUUUCCUUGCUCCUUGUCACUAUAGAAGUAUGUUGAUGUAGUUGAUGUGGUCCUUAUCUGUGGCCUUCGUCUUCGUUACACAUAUGUACAUCAUAAAUGCUACACAAUUUUCUAUUUUUAAUAGUUUUCACACUGUAUUACCGAUGGCCAAUAUAUUCAAUAAUUAUAUAAAUGCAGCCAGCAUGCAUAAAUGAUAAUUAAGGCAGAAGAAUGUGUAAUUGUGUUACAGUAGUAACCUGCCAGCUGUAAUAACCACCUCCACCUCCUGUCUUUACUCUAACCACAAUUUUCUUAGAAAUUGUAAGAGUUUCAUACCUAAACUGGCACCUCUAGCAUAAGUUUUAUUUAUUUGGAUGCCAUGAUUAAUAUCCAGAGGCAAAGCAAGGUGAUAUGAAUGAAAAUGGGACACAGAACCACAGAGAGUCUAUUGUAUGGUACGUAUGUAUCCAGACUAACAACUAGUUUGCUUACAACAAGCAGUUAUGUUAGGUCUCCCCCACACCAAAAUAGCGACUGCCUAAGGGAUGGAGGAACGCUCCAAAACGGUAUUGCACUCCAUUAAUUCUGCCCUGAUGCACCUUAAUGGUAAUGGCUCAGUGCUAUUGGAAAUUAAAAAGUAAAUUUAAAUCACAGAAUACUGAAAACAUGAGCUAUGAUCACACAACUUACGGGUGUCCACUGUAUAAAAAAAAAACUAAUUUCUAGGAGGCUUUAUGGAAUGGGAUACUGUACUAUGUCUCAACAAAAUAUUAGUCAACCAUGUUGGCUAAUAUACACUCAAAUGUAAAUACAUUAUAACAGUCUCAGAUUUUAUAUAUAUUUUUAUUGUUUAUCAUAAUGAUUUAUAUCAAAAUAUUUCCUAUAAUUACUCCAUGUGGUGGGUAUUAACACCCACAAGAUUCUCAGUUCAAGAAUUCCUACUUGCCUUUUCACUGUACAGUUUUCCUGUUGAUAGGAGAUAUAGACACACAUAAAAUAUAUUACACUUUUAAAGAUUUUUUUUUUUAUAGCCAGUAUUAUUUCUUUUGAAAAUCAGUGGCAAUGUUUUGUACUGCUAUGUGAUAACCAAAAUAUGGACUGAAGUAAGUGUAUGUUAGCAUUAAAUAUUCACUGAUUUGCUUCAACUGAAUCUAUAUAAUUUAUAUCAAAGAAACUGUGAAUGUGUUUCAGAACCCAGGAAAGGCUAGAAGGCACUAUAAUGUGAAAAUAUUUAAAAUGCUGUAUAGUAUUCUUAUUGCUAAAUUAACAAAGUUUAUCGACAUAAAUAUGAAAAUAGAUUAAGGAAAUUCUUUUUUAUGCCUAGGAAGUACUAGCCAGAGAACGUGAAAGAACUCUUAAGAGUGAUGGGUCCACCACAAGCAAGUUAAAGAUUUUAAUGCUCAGUGACAGCAUAGUGAUAUAUGUAUUAACCCUUAAACUGUCCAAAUAUAGAUCUGUGUUUGCACGCAUAGUGCUCCUAACGUAAAUCUACGUUUUUUUUUACAUAAUGUAAAAUCGAACGUAGAUCUACAUUCAGAGCGCUACACGUGUGAACGUAGAUCUGCGUUUGGACUGUUUAAGGGUUAAUGUGGGACAAAGAUAGCAUGUAUUUAUUACAUCAGAUGGAAAUUGUGAUAGACUUAAAUUUAUUUAAUGAUACAUAUAUGGAGCAAACUGUAAAAGCUGAAUAUGUAUCAUAUUAUCAGUGUGCAUGCUGUUGAACUGUUACAUGCAUUAGCAAAAUGCAUGCAUCUCUUUGGAAACACAUUUGAUAAGUGAAGGUGCUACAUACAGUAUUGUGAUUGUCAAACUGUUCCUUGGCAAUUUUAUCAUUUCUCUUGUAGUUAAUGUUCUGAAAUGUGAAAGCAUUUCAAGACUUAUGGAAAAAUGAAGUACACUGUGGGAAUAUCAUUCAGGGAAUCUGUUUGUUCAGUGUCCAUACUUUUUGGUUGAUUUGGAUUAAAUUCUUUUUGUAUGGGUAUUCAUUCUUUGGCAUAUUUUUAAUUGGACACCAUACUUUUAAACAUAGUCAGUUCCUUAUUUAUUAAGUAAUCAUUGAACUGAUUGCAGCAAGAACUAGCAUUCAAGAUUGCUAUUAGACAGUUCACAUUUGUUUAAUUUAUGGAUGUUGAUUCAUGAAGUCCUAGUUGCCAUGUAUGGUUAGUGUGAGUGAUGGUGAAAGUGUGUCUUUUUCACCUUGCCUCAGUGGGAGAUGGCUGGGUGUGUUUAAAAAUAUAUAUAUAUACAUGUAUCUAUAUAUAUAUUACUUAGAUAAACAGACCAGGCCAUGGGGGCAUUGACCCCUGAAACCCUCUCCAGGUACUAUAAUACCUGUGGAUAUGUAGUUAGUUAUGCUAUACUAAAUUUGAUAAAUCACAAAUUCCAUGAAACAGAUUGCUGAAAAUUUCAGGACAUCUCAGUUAUAAGACUAACUGCACUUCAGGGUGAGUGUUUUAUAUUCAAAGUUUUUAAAAUUUCCUAUUUAUGGUCAUCAAUAGUUAAUUUUUUUUUUUUUUUGAAUUGGUAGUCAUUAGCAAACUAUAUUAAUGGUAUAGCUCACAAUAAAAGUGAUUGCUUUAAAUGUGAUGCACUGCAAAUUUUUAAUAUCACCAAGUGUGACUGCACAGGUAUUAUGUCAGCCAUCAUCGCCAUCUUGGUUGUUCCAUUGUAGAUUUUGUCAUUAAGAAAACACUGUUUUUUUUUCUUCACACUUGUUUAUGCAUGUCAUUGUGAUAUGGUGAUGGUAAGACCAGUUAAUAAUGAUAUUGUGUAGGAAUAUAUGCCUAAAGUACCUAAAUAUUUUUUUUACUAUUUUGUUCCCCCCAUGAUAGUUAACCUAAAAAAAAAAAAUAUUCACCAUCA